AUGUCGUCGGCAGAGGACUACCCGACGCACCCAUGGCAGGCGCGCGGCGGCGGCGCGCUGUUCGCCGGGCAGGGCAGCGCGCUGGUGUUCGCGUCGUACCCGGUGCUUCUGCUCCUCGUGCUCCUCUCCGCGUUCAUUAGGUACGUGUGGGUCGCACUCGCGCUCUACUGCGCGGCCAUGUUCGUGCUCUCCUGCGCCGGCCGCGUCUUUGCUGGGCCGGUGGUGUUUUCGGAGACGGCCAUCGAGCGGGGCGGCCUGUCGCCGGCUGCCAUGGCGGAGAUCCCGGCGUUCGUUUACGGUGCCGCUGCCGACGGCGAGGCCGAGUGUGCUGUGUGCAUAGAGACUCUGCGAGGCGGCGAGACGGCGCGGCGGCUGCCGGUGUGCGCGCACACGUUCCACGUGGGGUGCAUUGACAUGUGGUUCGACUCGCACGCGACCUGCCCCGUCUGCCGGUGCCACAUAGAGCCGCACAAGGGAGGGAAGAUGGCGCCGUUGCCGCCAGAGCCGCCGUUGCCGCCGGUGUAAUUGGUGGCGGCUGCAGCACGGCUGUGCGUUCAAGAUACAAGAUUGCACAUACACAGAUUCCAUUCGGAGUGUCAUCUUUGCUGCCCAGCUGAUUAUCUCCUAAUCAGUGAUACACUUGUCCUGUACAUGGUUAUGCUAGCAUCCUACUAAUCUUUGUCAAAUCUCCAU